AUGUUCGCGAGAAUAGAAAAUCCUUUUAAUAGACCAGAUUUGCGUAAUAAUCAAUCAAUUGUGAUUUAUUUAGAUGCUGUUGGAAAUUUAUUGGAUUUAUGUAAUGACAAAGAUGACCAAGUUAAAGGCGUUUGUGAGGCUUCACUCGUGAGAAUUGCUAGUAGAAAUCCAAAUGAACUAAUAAACUAUGUCAUAAAUUAUAAGAAGAAGAACCCGAAAAUAAGUGAACACAUUAUCGCUGUAAUUUUAAGGAUAAUUGAGCAUGUUAUCACAGUUCAUAUUCGAGAGUUGGAAAAUGAAGUCAUUAUCAAUGUAAUAAAGUUCGUAAUUAGUGAAAUCACACGACAAAAUGAGCCAGUACAUUCGAUUCAAAAGCCAUGUAAAGAAAUACUAUGUGGAAUUGGACGAGAGCAUUGCAUGCUUGUUAUGGAUGAAUUAACAGCAAUUUUGCAACCACAUCAAGUUGGACAUUUCAUGGUCCUUGAAACUCUCGGCACAUUAACCAGAUCAAAUUUAGAUGAGGCUGUAACUUACAUUAAAGGAAUUUUAGGGACAAUAAUUCCAAUGAUCUCAUUACUAAAAACAGAUUUUCAGAAGCAAUCAUAUGCUUUGGCUAUACAAAACUUUUGUGAUGCCAUUUCUGAGUAUCAAUCGAAUGCCGAUCGUAGUUCCAAUAAUUCACAUCUUUCAAAUGAACCGGACGUAGUAACGAGCGAAGACGAAGAAGCAGAAGUUAUUCCAAAAUCAAAAUUAGUCGAUGUGUCUGCAGAAGUUGGCAUAAUUUUUGAUGUUUUUAUGCAGCAAUGGAUAAAUACAAGAAACUCAAAAUUAUGCUCGGAGUUUCUCAUCGUCUUAUCAUACAUUUAUCCGUUGUUGCCUAUUCAGAAAGUUCUUGAUAAUACUGGCAAGAUUAUACAUACACUGUUGAUGAUGUACAAGAGGUCAAUAGAUAGGUCAUCGAUCAGCAUAUAUUUAAAUAGUGUUAUACAUACUACAUCACGAUUAGAUGGACGAUUAUUAGAAACACAAGUUGACUCUGUAGCUAAUGCAAUCUUUGAUUUGAUCUGCGUUUCUCCUGAUUUUGAGAAACCAAUAGCUGUUCGAUCACACAAUGAAGUUUUGAGAUGUUAUGAUUUAGUUGCUAGAAAUCAUGGCGAUAAGGUUAAUGACAUGAUUUUGGUGAAAUUUAAGGCAUACGAUGAUAGUGAAAAAGUUAAAGCUUUAAUUCUUCUUACUCAUUUAACAAAUACGUCUGAGGAUGUUGUAAAAUUAAAAGUAAAUGAAUAUCUCAUAAUUCUGCGUCAGAUGAUAAUGAGCGAGAAAACAUUCAAGACAAAACAGAUAAUUUUACGCUCUAUCGUUGCAUUCGCACAGAAAGGAUUUAUCAAGCAUAAAAUAUUCAUUAAAUUUAUUAUUCAUCAUUGCUGUCAUCUGGUUAAAAUUCAAGCAGAUCAAGGCACGAAAGAGGAAGCUGCUGAACUUGUGAGGUCAUGCAAUAAUACAUUAAAAAUAUUAUCGAGAACAUUGAAUAAUGGACUGGAAAUAUUACUCAAGACCGAGUUAUUGCAUGUUUUUAUGCAGUAUGAAUACACAGAUGCAACUACGACAUUUGCUCAGUGCUUAACGACUUUAUUUAUGAAGGAUGAUAAAAUGUUUACUAGUGCUGCUGAGGAUGAUGCUGAAAGUAUGGCGGCAAGUACUGAAUCUAUUACUGGUGGUGACAGUUUGAAAAUUCCAUCCGCUGAAUCUAUUUUUGUUCGUUGUUUGGUGUUAAUGGCUAAUUUUGAUGAUAAGGAAAGGAUCAAGUCGAUUUUGAAUUUCCUACUUCAAUUUUGCCCUAAUUUGUCAGGCAAGCACUUGCAAGUUCUCUGGAAAGAAAGGAUUAAUCAGCUCAUGGAGAUUGUAAAGAUUAAUGAUGACGACAAAUUCUACAAAGAUCUAAAUAUCUUCAUUAUGGACACGAUUAAAGACAUUGAUGAACCAAAAUUCUCAGAAUCUUUAGUCAACAAAAUGUCAGACCAAUUUAUCUUGUAUCAAUCAUCUUUCCACAUCUAUAGUAUUCAUCCAAGCAAUCAGAAUCAACUUAAUACUGAACUAAUUGUACAAAACUUACGUGCAGAACGAGGAAUGUUGAUGAGAAUUAUGGGAUUAUGUCUCUGUUAUGUCACAGAUCCGCCAUCAAUUGACACUAAAAUUGAUAUAAUUUUGAAUCAAGUUAAGAUAGAGAAAUUGGAGAAAAUCCCAAGUUUCCAUGAAUUUGAAGAAAAGUUCUUUGAUCCAGCAAAAGCUUUUGGAUUCAUAUCUAAAGGACAUUUUGACUUGCUUAUGAAGAAGUUUGAGAAUAUAAUAGCUGAAGAUGGCAUGAAAAAGUCCAAUUCCUUCUUUUCAAGCUUAAAUUUUACUAAAGAUUCACAAAAGGAAGGCGAAAAGUACCGACUUAAGAUUUUAAUAAUAUUCAGUCUUUAUUAUAUCACGCAAACAACAGCACCACAAAAUAUCAUCAAAAAUGAUGAUGAUUUGAAUGACAAAAUAAUCUAUUAUUUAAAUCGCAUGCUUUCGGAAGUAAGAGAAUGUCAAAUUAAGAAAAUAAUUUUAGAAACAUUGUUGAAAAUCACUGAAAUCUAUAUUGAGGAACAGAUUAAAGACUUUAAGUAUAUUAAUGACUUAUUGGCAUCAAUCUUAAACAUCCCAAUUGAGAAUUCAAUGGGAAGUGGAUCAAAUAAUCAAAACUAUGGAAAUUAUGGAUUUUAUGACUAUUUACCGCUAUAUCCAACAGUCAUUAAGCUUGCAACAAAUCUCGUCAAGUUGUCACCAAUCGAGAAUGGCAAUUUGGAUGCAACAAACUUAUUGGAUAUUUCGUCACAGCACUUUUUUACUGCUGCGCAGAAUUUAAACAUUGAAGAUGAGGCAAAACAAAGCUAUUUGGCGCCACACAUAAACAGUUCAAUACCUGAACUGAAUACAUUUAUUAGAACACUGUUGGCUAGAAAUCCAUCACCGUCAGCACUUGAUGACAUCACUAGCAUCUUUGAGAAAUGGUUAAAAGAUAAAAAUUCACAAGUUAAGAUUUGUGCUGCAUUAAUAAUGGAAAAGACACUCGAUUCGUAUAUAAAAACUGUAAAAAUAGGAUGUGAAGCACCAUCUAAGUUCCAUCAGACUGGAAAUAUGCUUGGAAAAAUUGUUCCUCGAUGCAUCGACUCAAAUGCAAAAGUUCGCGAGAUUUGUGUUAACAUUUUGAAGAAAAUUUUGGAACUUACAUGCAUCUACGAGACAUUGACAAUUGCCGACGAAAACACGGACUGGAUGAAAGAACUGAAAGAUAUUCGCGAUAAGAUAACGAAUAAUGACAAUGAUGAAAUUAUUGUUUUGGCACAGAAACUUGCCAAUAUUAUUGCUAUGAGACUCUCUAAUCAGCAAUAUGUGACAUUUUCUAAGGCAUUACUCUACAACCUUAAUGAUCCAGAUUGGAGUGCAUCAGCUGGUGCUGCAUUAGUCCUUAAUUCCUUUAUUCAAGUUAAAGGCUCGGAAAUAUUUCAUGCAAUUCCAGAUUUAGUAAAGGACUCAUUUCAUGCAUUGAAAGUUUGUGACAAUAGCGGAACUAGAACGAAUAUUUAUUUAUCACUAGUUUCUUUGACUAAAUUCCAUCCAAAACUCGUUUGUGCUGAAAUGUUAAUGCAACCACUUCCGUAUGACGAGAAUAUUUGUGAAUAUUGGCACUCAGUGACAUCCGAUAGUAAUUUGACAGGAACAAUUAUUGAUAAUAUUUUGGAAACAAUUUAUGAAGUGCCUCCGUAUGAUAAUAUUACUGGAUCAAGUGAAACCGCCAAGAUCCUUACACAUAGUCCAUUUGCAAAUGUGUGUGCUUUUCGUGAGUUAAUUUUUAGUAAUGAUAAGUCGUCAGUUCCUGAACUUAAAAAACGUUUUGCACCGAUUUUUUCAAUGCUAAUGACAACACUUGCUGCUUAUAUUAAUACAAUUCCAUCAAUGGUUCCACCAGUUCAAGUUGAUGUCGAAAAAAUUAAGGUUCCAUCGUCAGCAAGUAAAAAUUCUAAAGGAACUCGCUUUGGCUUCAUUUCUAAUCGCGAUCCAGUGAAAGUUAUUCCAUCACAAAUUGUUCUUGAUACAUUUAUUAAGUUAAUGGAUAUCCUUGAGAAUGAAAAUGUUAAAACAGUUUUACAGUCAUUUCCACAAAUGUCAUCGAGUACGAAUUUGAAUAAUUUUAUGGAAUUUUUGACACCUCUAGCUGUUGGAAUUGCCAGCAGUCAUAACAUCAAUUCAUCAGAAAUGAAGGAAAUUAUUCAUGAUUUGAGUAAAUACAGUUCAUCGACUGUUGAUGCACAUCGUAUUGCAUUCAUUGGAUUUUUUUCGCAAUUGGUUCCUCUACGUCCAUGCGGAGAUAUUUCAAGUACAAUUAUGCUGCAUUUAACAGCAGCUUUAUCGGAUCCAAAUGCGUCUGUUCGUGCUUUUUGUAUUCGUGGACUUGCUUAUGUGUCGGAACUUAAUAAGCAUGAUAUUGAAAAAUAUUCAGAAUUGUCAUUAGCAGCAUUAUUAAAAGGAAUGGACGACUUUAAUGCAAAUAGCUUCAUUAACAUUCCAUUGGAGUCACUAAGAGGACUAAGUAGAGUUAUAAAAUCCAUACCAAAGGAGAAGCUUGAUCUCUUUGAAGUGUCAUUAACCAUUAGAAUUCGACCAUUUUUUGAUAAUCAAUCGGUUGAAAUAAGAGAAUCAGCUAUUUUACUUUUUGGUGAUUUAUGCUAUCAGACGAAACUUUAUCAGACGGGAAAGAACGAUGAAAUAUCGGAAGCAUUGAAGGAACAACUUGUAACAAAUUUAUUUCCAUUCCUGCUUCAUUUAAGUGAGAAUGAGUCGAUUAUUGUUAGGGCUUGCAAGAUAGCUUUGAGGAACAUUGGAAACAUCUUGGGAGCCAAGCAACUGAAUGAGAAAGUUCAACUGGAAUUACAAGAGUAUCAACAAUUGAACUAUGACCAUUUCAUCCAUGAAUUCAUAAGGAUUGCUUGCAUUGAAUUACCAGACAAUGUUCCUACCUUCAUCGAAUCAUGUUUACCAUACUUAAGAAGUCAAUGGCGUGAAAUUCAGCUCCAAGCUAUCCAACAUAUUGGCUUAUUACAUCACUUUGGAUCAAUUUCGACUGAAAAUAAUUAUCGCACUGAAUUGGAAACAACAACUAGUGAUAAAAUCAUUUCAUGUUUAAAAGACGAGCAGAUUGCUGUAAAAUUAAAGGCUGCAGAGGCAUUGGGAAAUAUUUUCUCAUCCGAAAAUCCUUAA